AGUUCUUCCUAAAAAGAUGAUAUUUGCUUUUGGAGUUGGCACUACAAGAUGCAUGAGAAAUACAGUUGACCCUGGAACAACACAGGUUUGAACUGCAUGGGGUCCACAUAUAUGUGGAUUUUCCUCUGCCUCUGCCACCUCUGAGAGAGCAAGACCAACCCCUCCCCUUGUUCCUCCUCCUCAGCCUGCUCGAUGUGAAGACAAUGAGGAUGAAGACCUUUAUGGUGAUCCAUGUUCACUUUAUGAAUAGAUGGCUGCUCUUUUUCUAAAGAGAUUAACACUACAAACUGUAAAGUUUGAAAAUAGUUGCGUCAGAUGUUUUGGUAAACACAUCGUGCAAAAGACAGCACCAGCACAGUCGUUCCCUAUUGCUUCUGCCCCGAGACUCUCCUUCCUAAUUCAUGCAGAAGCCUUUAGUACCGUUGAAGACACCCAGAAUGAAGGGAAAAAGAAAAAAAAGAGUCAAACAGCUUUUGGUAACAUUGGAAGAAAAAUCAGUCAGCGAAUUAUUCACUUAUUUGAUGAGAAGGGCAAUGAUAUGGGAAACAUGCACCGAGCAGAUGUGAUUAGACUUAUGGAUGAGCGAGACCUGCGACUGGUUCAAAGGAAUGCCAGCACAGAGCCUGCAGAGUACCAGCUCAUGACAGGAAUGCAGAUCCUCCAGGAGCGGCAGAGGCUGAGGGAGAUGAAGAAGGCUAGCCCCAAAACUGGACCAACCCUGACAAAGGAACUGACUUUUUCUUCAAAUAUUGGACAACAUGAUUUGGACACAAAGACUAAACAGAUUCAACAGUGGAUUAAGAAAGAACGCCAAGUCCGGAUUACUAUAAAGAAAGGAAAAAAUGUAGACGUGUCAGAAAAUAAAAUGGAGGAGAUAUUUCAUCAAAUACUCCAGACUAUGCCUGGAAUGGCUACAUUCUUAUCUAGGCCACAAGCUGUUCAAGGAGGAAAAGCUUUAAUGUGUGUUCUUCGUCCUUUAAGCAAAAAUGAAGAGAAGGCAUAUGGAGAAACUCAAAAGACCCAGAAAAGCGACACUUUGAACCAAGACCAAGGAAAUGAUAAGGAAUCAAAUAUUCUGCAUCAGUAAUUUUAAUAAAGAAAAGCAUGCUCUGAGAGAAA